GCUUCCGGGAUACCAUCAUGAGGGAGUGAGAAGUGCGGCAGCCCGUCCGCGGCCCGGUGAACCGUCCUCCUCCUCCUCCUCGUCCUCCUCCUCCUUCCCGAAUUCUGCAAAGCGGCACUUGUCUCCUCAGGGAGCGGCCGACUGCGGGCGCUGAGUACAUGUUCCGGGUGGCUCAGCCCAACCCGAGCAGACCUCCGGCCGCCAGGAAGAGCUGGCAUUUUAGUAAGACUAUGGAGGAGCUAGUUCAUGAUCUAGUCUCUGCACUGGAAGAAAGUUCAGAGCAAGCAAGAGGUGGCUUUGCAGAUACGGGUGAUCAUUCUCGCAGCAUCUCAUGUCUUCUAAAACGCCAGGCUCGAAAGAGAAGAGGGAGGAAAAGACGUUCCUUUAAUUCACAUCAUCCCUGGGAGACUGGACAUUGUUUAAGUGAAGGUUCUGAUUCCAGCCUUGAAGAGCCGAACAAGGAUUAUAGAGAGAACUAUGCUGCUAAUAAGAAAGACCAUAGUGAUUCUGAUGACCAACUGUUGGUUGCAAAACGCAGACCAAAUUCAAAUUUAAAUAACCUAAGAGGCAAAAGACCUCUCUGGCAUGAACCUGAUCUAGCCGUUGACAAUUUAGGUAAUAGGACUCUGCGCAGACGUCGAAAGGUGAAACGAAUGGCAAUUGAUCUACCUUCUGAAGUAACAAACAAAAUUAUGUUGCCCCAACCAGGCAACAUUAAGGACCAGGAAAUGGACAAUGACAACAGACCUUACUCCCAUCAAGAACUAUCAAAGAGUAAAGUUAAAAAAAGAAAGCUAGCAGCAAAUAGGCAAGGCCCAGACAUUUUGGAUGAAGGCGUGGUCAUAGAGAAUGAUGAAAUCAAUCCUGUGAACAAGGAUAAAAUGGAAUAUGAAGAGCAAAAGGGCUCAGAUGAAAACAUGAGCGACAGUGAAUCCAGCAGCCUCAGCAGUAGUGAUGCUGGUUUGUUUACCAAUGAUGAGGGAAGACAAGGUGAUGAUGAGCAAAGUGACUGGUUCCAUGAAAGUGAACCUGGAGGUGCCUGUGGGAUUACUGGAAUUAUUCCUUGGUGGGAAAAGGAAGAUUCAGCAGGACUGGAAAAAGAGAUGCCUGACCCCAUCUUUGAAAGUAUUCUAACAGGCAGCUUCCCACUUAUGUCACAUUCAGGCAAGAGAGAUUUCCAGACAAGGCUUAGUCAUCUUCAUGGAAUGCCAGCCAGGAACAUCAAAAAGGUAACAGGGAACACAACUGCAAUGAUUACAACAACAGGCUCAUGCAGUAACAAAAAAGCUGUGCUUUUAUCCCAGGAAUUCCAUCACCAUGACCAUUGGUUUAGCCCUGCGGCUAGAAAGGAACAUAGCCAGCUUCAACUAUUACGAGAUAACCGAUCAGAAAGAGGACACAAGAAGAACAAUUCAGUGAAAACAGCCAGCAGGGUUUAUUGGUGAAAAUGCACAGCCAAUCUCAGACAGCAACAUUGGGAAUCGGAUGCUCCAAAGCAUGGGCUGGACACCUGGCACAGGCCUUGGGCCAGAUGGCAAAGGGAUAGCCGAACCAAUCCGGGCAAUCCAGAGGCCAAAGGGACUUGGACUUGGAUUCAGCUGACAGAAAGAAAAUCCAACUGCUGGUUCAGACAUCAACAAAACUAAUUUGAACUUUGAAUAUCUGAAAGCAUUCUAAUUUGUUGCCAAAACAUCCAGUGAUUCUUACUGUAAUUUUUUAAUAGAGAGGCUUCAUUGAUUUCUGUUAAAGCUGCUUGGGACCAGUCAUUAAGCCAGACCUAAUCUUUGAAUCCUGUGUGUGUAAUAAUGAUCAUCUUUUAAAUUGUACCUUUUUUUAAAAUUGUCUGUGGUCUUAAUUAGUUACGUUUUCAAAGAUUCAAAGAAAUGAUUAAAUUCUUCUCCCACUUUUUAAAAGCCAAAACCGUACAUAAACUCAUUAUCCUUUGCUGGUUUUAACGUAGGCCUUUUACUCUGGAAAGCUGCUUUAUUACUAAGGCUCCUUGUCUGGGAAUCAUUUUGCUGCAUUUCUCACAUUCAUUCCAAAAAGUUGUAGUGGGUAGUACAAAAUAAAGUCUGGUUGCAGAAUUUUUUUUUUUUAAUAAGAGGCAAGAAUAGAAUAGGAAGAGAGACCAGAGUUUACCUUUGAAUUGAAAUGCACAAAAUGCUUUGAGCUAAAGGCAGCAUAUGACUCUUUAGAUGAGGUUAACAGUGUCAUUUUUUUUUUACAUGGGUGUGAUAAAUGUAAUGAAUGUUAACAGGGUAAGGGGUUUCACUUGUUCUGUGGCACAGAAUAUUUUUAUGCUAUAGAUAUCUGUCUCUCCACAGAUGCCCCCAGCCCAUAGUCCAAAACAUAUUGGGCAGAGCCUAAAUUAAAUUGUGUAUAUAUAAUUAAAUUAAUUACAUACAAGUAAUACGACCUUCUAUUUAUUUAUUACUUCUCACCUUUGGGCAUGAUCAUUGUGAUUGCAACAGGUGCUACAUUAAAUUUGGGAGGGUCACAUUUAGCCCUCAGACUCUACAGCUUUGAUUCAAGUGGGUCUUCUAAAUGGUUCAGUAUUAUGCAAUCUCUCUAGAUCAGCAUAACUUGCUUCUUGCUUCAAAAUGUGCAAUUUUGCACGAGAAAUGCAAAAUGACAAAUGAUGAAUUUGUCAUCCAACAUUUGCAGCAGGUAACUCAAUUCUCUUUUCUUAUUUACAUGCCCUCCAAGUACAAUUUUAAACGUUUUUUAAAACUUUCUUUUCUGGUGUCUUAGCUUGUAUUCUUUCUAAAAUAAAGAUUUUAAACAUUUACUGUCAUCUUUUACCAUAUCACUGUCUGGCUAACUUGACUGUCUAACUUGAGGGGAUGGAUUUAAAAUGGGACCAUAUUAUCUAGUGUCCAUCCAUGGUAGUUUGGGGAAUAUUUCUGUAAUUGACAAAUGUUGCCUACUGGUGAAAAGGAAGACUUCCCAGGCACUUUUUUUUAAAAAAAAAAGUAGCAAAGGGAAUAGUAAAACAGACAAUCUUUUGAUAAGAUUAUAUUAUACUUAAUCUUUGGACUUGUCAUUGUGCUGACAUCUCAAAUUCAUUAAAGAGGACUUCCAUCAAUGCAUUAAUGAUGUGUUCUAAUUAUUAUGCUAGAAUGGCAUAUCUGCUCCCCAAACUAAUUGCCCUUUGAAUUCAUUAAAAUACUCCUACCAGAAUAUGAUCAUAAGGCAGUUCCCGGGUUAAGAACAUCCGAAUUAGAGGGAACUUGUACUUAUGAAUGAAUUGCCAUAAAGCCUAUUAUAUUUAAAAAAAUUAAGUUAAAUGCAGUUAUUAAUAAUUAUGAACUCAUGUGCUACUUUGUGAUGCUCUUGAAAACUGCGGCUUCAACAGUUCAUUGUCUUGAAGAAGGAAAUCACUUUGUUAUUAGUGCUGUGUUGAGCGUAUAACAUUUUAUUUGGCUUUAAUUUUUCUCUCUUUGUAACCAUGCUUCCAAAGUGUAAGUCUAUUAAAAGUAUUAAAGAUGCAUCAAAGAAAAGGCAAACAAUCAUGAGAGAAAAUAAAGUGUCAAUAAUAAAGUGAUCAGAAAGAGAUGAAAGAUGAUGAUCAGAACAAUUUUGAAAGAUAAAGUGGGACUAAUGGAGCAUUGAAAGACCCUGCUUUCAUGGAAACUACAAUUAUUACUAAACAAUACAGUUAUUUAAUCAUUGAAAGACUAUUGAUAAUUUGGUUUGAUGAUCAAAAUCAGAGUAAUACGCCUAUUAUUUUGGCAAAAAUUGAACAUGCAGAGGGUUUGAGAGGCCUGCAGAGUGCUCCUGGGGGCCAGGGAGUGCAAAAACCUGACGCACGGAGACCCAAAACUAUUUUUUGCUUGUUUUUCUCUUCGAAAACUUAUACUUCAGUGUGUCUUAUUGUCCUAAAAAUAUGGUACAUAUAAGGAUUCUGAUAUUUAUAAGUAUAGACAUGUUCAUGGCUUUAGAACACUUUUUUCAAGUAAGUAACACUUGUUACUUGUAAGUAAGUAACACUUAUUACUUACCAAGUGCUCAUCUGCAGUGUAUUUAUUAGGCGUUGGUUCUUUUACUGUUGAUUGUCAUUCUGUAAAAAAAUAAACCCAGAAGCUGUCUACCA